AUGGCGCUAUUAUACAAAUCCGCACACUCUCUACCCAAUUCAACCAAGGUCCUUCUUGCGAGCUUGGGGGCUGUAUCACUGUUGAUAUUCCUCAUCAAGUUGAACGUAUACCGCUCAUCCAUUGGAUCUGAAGGAUCAUCGGACUUACGAUUCCAUGAUAUCUUGGUGCCAUAUUUACAACUUGUACCCCGUACAACUAUUUUCAAUCCAUGGGUGGUUGUCACUGCCAUUUUUGCGGAAAUCUCAGUGUUUCUGUUGUUGGUUUCUACCAUAGUUUUGUUCCUCGCUUCCAAAUAUGUCGAACGUUUCUGGGGGUUCCGUGAAGUACUCAAGUUUGUGUUCACUGUGGGAACUUUGACCAACCUAUGGACUGUUCUUGUCACCAUCUUGGUCAACAUGUGGCGUGGAGAUUCCGCUAGCAUGGACAAGCCUUUGGGUGGAGGUAUUUCGUACUAUUUUGGAUUUCUUGUGGUACUUAAACAAUUGAUCCCAGAACAUAACGUGAUCUUAUUCCAAGGUUUAAUCAACUUUAGAAUUAAACAUUUACCAUUCACCACUUUGUGCCUUGUUUCCGUAUGGUCAUUGCUUCUUAGUAGAUCCUUAUAUCCCGCAGUUCCAUCUAUUGCAAGUUUUGUGAUCUCCUACUCAUACUUGCGUUUCUACCAAUCCAUUGUCACCGAACUGCUUCUCCCAGUGACUUCUGCUAAUGGUAGCAGUAGUGAUAGCUCCAACUCUUCUUUCGUCACCGGUGAUGCUUCGGAUGCCUUUAGAUUGUCUGAAUUCUUCCCCCUGGUUAUUAAGCCAUACGUUGCUCCGGUAUUUGACCAUAUUUAUGAAGUGAGUAGUCUUGUUGGCCUCAUCACACCUUUUAACGAUGAACUGAUCGAACAGAGUAACUUGAGAGCAGUUAAGAGACAAGAACAAGCAACCCACAGUCUGAAGAGUGUGGCCAAUUCAGUAGCAGAAAGAAGAAGACAAGUCGCAUUACAAAUGAUUGAGGAGAGAAUAAAUAAAGAGCCUCAGGCUGAAUAA